AUGGAAGCUGUCACUUUUCCUCAUGUGAAUAAAGUUGGCCUCAAUAGUCGCCCAAACGGCGUGGCGAUGUGGUUUGGCAAGAGUAUGGAACAUGUCGAUCGAUCGCUGUUUGGACUUCCCAGUUUAGAACCUGACUGGACUUACGAUAAUUUCUGCAAAAGAUACAUGGAUAACGAAACGUCGUUGUUCAAGGAUUAUGCGAACAGGGGAUACAAA